CUGCGAUCGUACUUAUACCCGGCCUUCCCUUGGCCUGCAUCCUUCGACGGCCGUUCUUCGUUGCUCAAAAUUGACAUCCGCUUGCUGAAGCCUGCCAUCGCUCUGGUGCAUAGCCGCCUUGUAGAAUUAUGAUCGCCAUAGACGCACCCUGGACGAAAUCGGCCGAAGAGAUCCUACAAUACUACUCAGUAAAUCCUGCUCGAGGCUUGACGACAGAUCUUGCUUUGAAACAUGCUGAACUUUACGGGAAGAAUGAACUAUCGGAAGAGCCGCCCACACCUCUCUGGGAGCUCAUCCUUGAGCAAUUCAAGGAUCAGCUCGUACUCAUCCUCCUGGCCUCUGCUAUAAUCUCUUUCGUCCUAGCUCUAUUCGAAGACUCGGAAGGGGCAAGUUGGUGGAGUGCUUUCGUAGAGCCUGUGGUCAUCCUGCUCAUUCUAGUCGCAAAUGCGACUGUGGGUGUGAUACAAGAGACCAACGCAGAGAAGGCUAUUGAAGCGUUGAAGGAGUAUUCUCCCGAUGAGGCGAAGGUCGUCCGUAAUGGCAAACUUACGCGCAUCCACGCCUCCGAGCUUGUUCCUGGAGACAUCAUCUCCCUUGCAGUAGGCGAUAAAGUGCCUGCGGAUUGCAGGCUACUUACUGUCUCAUCCACGAACCUCCGCAUUGACCAAGCUAUAUUGACUGGCGAGAGCGUCAGCGUCAACAAAACAACGGACCUUGUCAAGGAUCCGAGAGCUGUCAACCAGGACAUGACGAAUAUGCUCUUUGCGGGCACCAGCGUUGUCAGUGGUAAAGCUGCUGCAGUUGUGGUCUUCACCGGUCAGCAUACCGCUAUUGGUGACAUUCACAAGUCAAUCACUUCUCAAAUCAGUGAGAAGACCCCGCUCAAGCGCAAGCUCGAUGAUUUUGGUGAUAUGCUCGCUAAGGUCAUUUCUGUGAUCUGCAUUCUCGUUUGGAUUGUCAAUUACAAGCAUUUUUGGGAUCCCGCACACGGAAGUGCUCUCAAGGGUGCGGUGUAUUACUUCAAAAUUGCCGUCGCACUUGCUGUUGCCGCUAUACCCGAAGGGCUGGCUGCUGUUAUCACUGCAUGUCUCGCGCUGGGUACUCAGAAAAUGGCGCACAAGAAUGCCAUAGUCAGGAACUUGCCCAGUGUGGAGACGUUGGGAUGCACGAAUGUCAUAUGUUCUGACAAGACGGGUACAUUGACCACUAACCAAAUGAGCGUGUCAAAGUUCUCGGUGAUCGACUCAACAACUGGGUCACCCAAAGAGUAUACAGUAGAAGGGACAACUUAUGCACCUCAUGGGUUGGUUAAGUCUGCUGAUGGCAAAGAUGCCUCUGCUGAACUUCGUUCGAAGUCGAUCCAACGUCUGGCCGAGAUCAGCGCAAUCUGUAAUGACGCAAAGAUUGUCUAUCAUCCGGAAAAGUCCUCGUAUGCUAACGUUGGAGAGCCUACUGAAGCUGCACUGAAGGUCCUAGCGGAGAAGCUGCCGUGUCCUGACGCGGAAUUUUCCAAAUCACUUUCGUCCUUGGACCCGUCGUCUCGCGCUAGCGCUGUUAGCGAGUUCUACGAACAUCACAUCCACCGAGUAUCAACUUUCGAGUUCUCUCGUGAUCGCAAAAUGAUGUCGGUGCUUGGUCGCAAGGAUGGUAGUGGUGUCCUCUAUGCGAAGGGUGCGCCUGAGUCUAUCCUCGGCCAGUGCACGUCGGUACUCGUGGGCGAAAACACUAUUCCUAUCACACCUGAGCUGCACGCUGCCAUUCACAAGCAGGUCAUCGCAUACGGCUCUCAAGGGCUCCGCACGCUCGCUCUCGCAUAUGCCGAUGGACGACCUCUGGAGGCUAGUUACUAUCGGACUGACAAUACGGCGGACUACAUCCAGUUCGAGCGAGACAUGACUUUUGUCGCUCUUGUGGGCAUGCUUGAUCCUCCUCGUCCCGAAGUACCAGCUGCAGUGGCCAACUGCAAAGCUGCCGGUAUCCGCGUCAUCUGUAUUACCGGUGACAACAAGGACACUGCGGAGACAAUCUGCAGAAAGGUGGGAAUCUUUGGGCCUGAUGAAGACCUCACUGGGAAGAGUUACACCGGAAGGGAAUUCGACGAGCUAAGCGACGAAGAGAAGCUCAAGGCUGUGAUGAGGGCAGGUCUAUUCUGCCGUACAGACCCAAGGCAUAAGAGUCAGCUCGUGGAUCUUCUGCAGAGUCAGGGACUUGUAGUUGCUAUGACUGGUGAUGGCGUCAAUGAUGCUCCAGCUCUGAAGAAGGCCGAUAUCGGAGUCGCCAUGGGAAGCGGCACCGAUGUCGCCAAGUUGGCAGCUGACAUGGUUCUUGCCGAUUCUAACUUCGCCACGAUCGAAUUGGCAGUAGAGGAAGGCAGGCUGAUCUAUAACAACACGAAGCAGUUCAUUCGCUACCUCAUCUCUUCUAAUAUCGGCGAAGUCGUCAGCAUAUUCUUGACUGUGCUCUUGGGCAUGCCCGAGGCACUGAUUCCGGUGCAGUUGUUAUGGGUGAACCUCGUGACCGACAGUCUACCAGCGACUGCUCUGGGAUUCAAUCCUUCAGAUCACAAUAUCAUGCGCGUUCCUCCACGUAACAAUCGGGAACGACUUGUCGGACCAUGGUUAUUCAUGCGAUACAUGAUCAUCGGCACCUACGUCGGCUGCGCCACAGUUGCAGGAUACGCUUGGUGGUUCAUGUAUUACAGCGGAGGCCCACAAAUUUCCUUUUGGCAAUUGACGCACUUUCACCAAUGCUCGUCACUGUUUCCAGAAGUCGGUUGCGAGAUGUUCACCAAUGAGAUGGCCCAUCACGCGACGACGAUGAGCUUGUCCAUCCUGGUUACCGUCGAAAUGUUUAAUGCGAUGAACUCGCUCUCUGAGAAUGAGAGUCUGCUUGCGCUUCCUCUCUGGAAGAACCCAUUCCUUGUAGCUGCGAUCACGUUGAGCAUGGUCCUUCACCUGGGCAUUUUAUAUAUACCGUUCUUCACGACGUUGUUCUCCAUCACACCACUCAACUGGGUUGAGUGGAAAGCGGUGUUGUACUUCAGUGCGCCUGUCAUUCUGAUUGACGAGGUCUUGAAGUUCAUUUCAGCGACCUUUGUUGCCCCGGCUUCCAAAACCAAGACGGACUAAUAGUACGUAAAGUCCUCUACGAGCCAUCAUUGUAUAGCACGUACUGUAGAUGGAUGGAAGCAAUCCUUCUCCGAUGAUGAAGGAUUGUUCUAUCUGUCGGCUUAAUGCGCCGGCGGUAUAUAAAAUGUUUAAAAAAAGGCUUAAUGUGCGGGAGCACUGGUAUUGCAUGUUCCGUACCGCUUCUCCAACAAAAGAAGUGUGCAUCGGAUGGUUGAACAACGG